AUGAUUCCCACCAUGCUUCCCAGAAAGCGCCCAAAGCGCGAGAAGAUCUUCGCGCACGCCGAUUUCAACCUCGAAGCAUUGCUGUCUCUCGCGACAAAACUUCGAGGCCUGCCGUGUUCAUGUACAGCGGACGUCUCGAGGAGACCCAAAAUGGGAAGCCAAAAUUGGGUUGUGUUUCUUCAAUUUGACGAUGGGGCCGAAUGGGUGUUUCGCUCACCGCGCGCCGGCGCGGACACAAUCUACUCGGCUGAAUCUGCUUCAAAGAUACUGCUUAGUGAAGCCGCCACAUUGAGAUACAUACGGACACACAGUUCGAUCCCCGUCCCAGACGUAUAUUCGUUCAGGUUCGUAAUGAAGUCAAGUCCUGCCGGUCACGUUUCUUGGGUGCUGACCAAGCGUUUCAGCGGCUCGUCCGACAAUGACAUCGGGGUACCAUACAUUCUCAUGAGCAAGGCCUCUGGCCGUUCGCUGUCUGAGUACGACUGGACUGAAGAUGCCCUCCACUUGCCAGGGUAUCCUCAAAUAGUGAAGCUUCUUCCCCUGACCGACGAGAACCGAGAAAAGAUUAUGAGCCAGCUCGGGUCCAUUAUGUGUCGUCUCUCUGAGCUUCGUUUCAACAAAAUUGGAUCCCUGUUCAAAGACAGCGAUGGCAAUUAUUUCGUUGGCGAAUGUCUGAGUCCGACGUUGCUCUGGCAGUGGAGGGACCAGCUCGAGGACAUGGAGCGAGGUCCGUUCGACGACGAGAGCCAGUACUUCGGCUCUCAGAUUUCUGCCAUGGUAGAGCAUGCCAAGCAGCUUCGAAUGAGCCCCCACAGCUUUUUUGCGCCGAUUCCUGACCCGCUCGAAUAUCGCAACUGGUCCGACUAUCGCGCAGCAACAGACCUGUGGAAUGAUUUCUGUGCCCUUGGCGACAAGAUAGAGAGCAGUGAAAAUAGGCUCUCUUUCUGCAUUGCGGGCCAGCUGCUGCGCGACAUGAUUCCGUCUCUCGCUUCGACAGGCAUCCAUUUCGCCCUUUCUCACCCCGACCUUCAUAUCGGUAAUUUGUUUGUGGACGACGAGUUUAACAUCACGAGUGUCAUCGACUGGGGCUCUGCAUCGGUCGGCCCUGUCACCGAGCUGCUCAUCACGCCAGGGUUCAAUGGUUCGUUCACACCACCUCUAGAUUCACUUAUUGCCGCGUUUAAGACAGGCUUCCAGGAAACGGCGCGGGGACGGAGUGUUGAGCCAGAACAAUGGGAGAGAGCAGAGAGAAUUCGUCAUUUUACUCCCCUUGUCCGAACGUUGUCGACGCAAGACUUGACGCUGUUCCAAAGCCUCUACAAACUCGUGUAUGGCAAAGACUUGGACGACAUUCGGCGGGACAUUCCUCAGCUUUUUUGCCAGCACCGCGAGGAGGAAUAUGCGAAGCAUCUGAUGGCUGAACUGCGCGAGGACGAGGAAGAGGACAAUGAAGAAGAACAAGAAGAAAUGGCUGGACAGGAAACGAUGGCAGGCAGAGGAACGGAAGGAAAACGAAUAAAAGAAGGAGAGAAGAUUGUGAGGAAACGAGAAGAAGGGAAGGCGGAUAAUGGUGACAUGCAGCAAAUGUUGACAGCAGUGAGAAAACGGGAGGAGAGAGUGACUGUGAGGUAUGCUGUGGCAAGAAAGUUGACGCUGAUGUCGGAGAAGAACUCUCAAUUUGUAGCUGAUAGGAGGUUGUGGCAGUGGAUUGGGGACGCACUGGAGACAGUCGAUGUGUGA